UGCGUGCGUGCGUGCGUGCGCGCUCCUUCCCGUAUUCCCCACACCCCAGCGGUGGGGAACUUGUUCGGCUACAGCUGUGUGCCCGGCGUCAAAGACCCCCAACACGACCCCCGGGGCAACAACCCAAAGAACCUGUGCGAGGCCUGCAUCGGCGAUGACAACGAUCGACACAUCUGCGCCAGCAACCCCCGAGAGAGGCACUACGGCGAGGCGGGGGCCCUCAGGUGCGUGGCGGAGAAUCUCGGCGACGUGGCUUUUGUCAAACACACCACCGUCUUUGACAAUUUGGAUGGUGAGUAUUGAAAACACACAUCGCAGAUAUGCAUGC